AUGCAAACAAAUGUAUAGCAAAUUAACUCGGUCAGCGAACGAUUCUCACAUUUUCAAACCCUAACGAGAAACGUCGUUUGUUGUUAUUCUGUAUUCUUUCCCCACAUGAUUUAUUUCAAAUAGUCUAUCGAAAUAUACCCGUUAUUUCCAGCUUAAUUUUCUAAUCGGUGAUACAAUACAAGGGACUUACAUCAGUGGCACACACUUAGUUUGCUUUUUUUUCUUCUUCAAAAGAUUCGAGCAAAUCAAACAUUACGUCUUUCCCCUUUGACAUUAGCCAAGGAAAUUCCCUGCUACGACUAAAGGCCUAUAAGUAACGUGAGUCGCAGAAAUGAGGUCCAUGUCCUCUUGCAACUCGGAUAAAUAGAUGAAAGCAUGCUCUCAUACGCGAACUUUCGCGUCACCUCGUGGCUGGUGCUGGUCGCCGUCUGUUCUCAUCUCUGCAGAUCCAGCUUCGGAAACCCGCUGCGACACAGCGAAAACUGUCUUACCUAUUCAACGGCAUUGCUGCGGAAUGUAACUGCUGCGGUCGAGGAGAUCAGAUUUUACUGCUCCAAACUGAGUGUGGAGAUGAACAAUCGGAACCUCUCCGUUUGCGAACCAAAAAAUUCAUCAUGCGCAAACCGUCAAAAAAGCGAGUUUAACGAGGACGCCUGCUUCAGGGCAAUAAGGGAGGAUCUACAGUAUUAUAAAAACAUGCUGCCGAAGAUUCAGAAUGCCCGCUUGAGAGCCACAUUGAUGGGAGCCAUGGAAGAUCUAGUUAAGAACUGUGCCUUUCCUCAUGUCCCGGAGAAUCCCGGUUCACCAAAGGCUACCCAGGCCCCCACUUUUGAAGAUCGUGUGCAGCUGUGUAAAGAGCUACGAGGCUUCCACAUGCGCGCCAUCACGAUCAACCGCAUCAUCAGCUAUGUUGCCGCUGGAGACCACCUAAAAUGACCUGCAUCACCACCCUUUUCAGCAGAUGGCUUUUACACAAUUUAUGCCCAUGUGUGCAACCUACACUAAUUCCAGUAAUUACACCUGAACAGAUCUUCCUUCUACAGAAUGUCAUUUAUAAAACCAGCAGACAUGUUUCUCUAAAACCACUAAUAAGCUAUCAAAAAUUGAACAUUUGAAAAGUUGUCAUGAUAGUUUUUUUUUUUCUUUGAAAGAAAAGUUUUAUUUAUUUAUUUAUUGCACAAAAUAUGAUCUUUAGGAAAUUGCUAAUAUACAAGUGGUAGGGAUAUGAUGACCAUGUAUUUAUUUAUUUAUUAUUCAGACAGUUCUAUCACUAUGACUUCCUAGGAUGUGAAAUUCUGCAAGUUAACCCCCCUUUCUAGAACAUUCUCAGGGCAGCUAUCUAAUGUGACAAACAUCCCACAAA